CCUGCUGAACAAUCCUCUCCCAGCAAGACCACACCAGUCGCAUUUCGACGCUAUCUGUCUUCUCCAGCGGAGUCAACUGAACGAAACCCGCCACUUGAGGCAUUUGUUCGACGGUUGGAACCGAGCUCAUUAAAGAAACCCUUUCCCAGCCAUGCUAAAGUGGGUUCCCUCCAGCUUGACGUUGUCAAGGGCGACGAUGACAUGCAUUACCUCCGAGUCUUCUCACCACCACCAACGACAACGGCAGACACAUCAAGUCCUUCAAACCCCGAGAUGCUACUCUUCCCGGCCUAUAGCCCAAAUGGCUUUUUGCGGCUCCGCUUGCAGCAGCCAGCGUCGACUGAACCCAACUCAAGUGAACAGACCUCCCUUAUCCGCGAGCACCAAGUCCACUACAGGCCCGACUUCCUCCGAUCCCUGUUGGCAACUGAAGAAAUGAGGUCGGUGACGACGACGCCGAGUUUCAGGCGCCCGGCUUCGGAGAUGUUGGGUCGGAAGAAGGCUGCUGAUGAGGAUAUCCCAUUAAUUGACGAGUCCCAAAGUAGCGGUGUUCCGGACUCAUGCAAAGCUGAAGAAAUCGCCUUCCCACGUCAACCCGUCCUGGUAGAUGGCAAGAACUGGGAAAUAACCUUCCAUAGUGGCAAGCUAAACUUGCGAAUUCCGCAAAAGUCACGUGAUGGUGGCAGUAGGUAA